GAGCCGGAAACAGAUAUUGGCGAUGUGUUGUCUAUGAGGAAAGACCAGCGGCGGCGGACUUCACUAUUAACCUGACCGUCAUAUUACCUGCUCAACAUGGGCGACGACUGGGCGAAGGCAGCCGAGGAACAGGAGGCAAAAGAUCUGGUUGCUAAAGUUGAGAGCCUGAAUCUUCCCAAAGUUGAAGAUGAAAGGAUUAAGGAAAAAGUGCCCUCAAAUGAUGCAGAGGAAAAUAUUUCUCCAGCUGAGCUGUCACUCAUGAGGAAGGUGAUGAGAAAAGGGAUUAAAGAAACUAAGAACAAUGUUGAGGUCUUGCGCAAGGAUCCUAAAAAUCCCCUCUAUUGUGUCAAGACUUUUGAAGAGCUUAACUUACGGAAGGAGCUCUUAGAGGGGAUAUAUGAAAUGGGAUUUAAGCUUCCCUCAAAGAUUCAAGAAGUCUCGCUUCCAACUCUUCUAGCUGAACCGCCAGUCAACAUGAUAGCUCAGUCCCAGUCAGGCACAGGCAAGACAGCAGCAUUUGCCCUGGCCAUGUUGAGCCGCAUUGACACCUCCAGAAAAUGUUGCCAGGCUCUGUGCUUGUCACCAACUAUGGAGCUGGCAUUGCAAACACUGGACUGUAUCAAGCAGAUGGGUAAUAAAUGCAAGGACAUCACCAUUCGCUCUGCUGUUAAAGGAGAAUCAGUUUCCCGUGGGCAAAAAAUCACUGAACAUAUUGUAAUUGGCACCCCAGGGAAGGUAGUUGACUGGGUCACCAAAUACAAAUGUCUUGAGCUACGUAAUUGCAAGGUUUUUGUACUUGAUGAAGCUGAUGUGAUGAUUGCUACUCAGGGUCAUCAGGAUCAGUCUGUCCGUAUACAUAAGCAACUUCCACAAAAUUGUCAGAUGAUGUUGUUUUCGGCCACGUAUGUUGAUGAGGUUGUCACUUUUGCUGAAGCCAUUAUUAAGGAUCCAGUGACACUCCGGUUAAAGAGGGAAGAAGAAACGCUGACAAAUAUUAGACAGAUGUAUGUCGAGUGUCGUAAUCAGGAUGAAAAAUAUGAGGCUAUUGCCAACAUCUACACAAUCCCGGUGGGCAGUGCAAUGUUUUUCUGCCAUACCAAGCAGAAUGCUAAUUGGUUAGCAACACGUCUUAAGGAAGAUGGUCACCAAGUAGCGCUACUCACUGGUGACCUAACACCUGACGAGCGAGUCCGAGUGUUACUUCGCUUCCGCGAGGGAACUGAAAGGGUGCUCAUAUGUACCAACGUUCUGGCCCGAGGGAUUGACGUUGACACAGUUAACUUAGUGGUCAACUAUGAUCUUCCUCGAUUGUAUGGGUCGAAGAGGGCAGACUGUGAGACGUAUUUGCAUCGAAUUGGCCGUACUGGUCGCUUUGGCAAGACAGGCAAUGCAAUUAAUAUUGUAGAUGGUGAGGAUGAUGUGCGAUUACUAAGAGAAAUUGAGGAGCACUUCAAUAUAAAAAUUAUCAAGCUGGACUACAACAACAUUGAUGAAAUUGAGAAGCUUAGUGAGGACUAAAGUGACAACAUGCAUGAUGUAUUUAUUCAGUACCGUAUAAUAUUUCACAUGUAAAUUGCUUGUGAUUUCAGUCAAACCUAAUUGUGGAUAUAAUCUGCCAAGUUUUGUUUUAAACAUGAUAAUGUAUUGGGCAUUAUUUAUCAUCUUACUGUGCAGUGAAAAAAUGGCAGCAGAUAACUAAACCUGGACACAGUGCAGCACAUUAACAAAAAUUUCAGCACCAGAACUUCACACUUCCUGGAUGUAUUCAUGAAAACACAAUAUAACCCACAAAUUCUAAUUGCAGUUAACAAACCAUGACUUGAUAAAGCUCAUGAAAGUUUGAUAGAAAAAUUAUGAUAUAUACUUGUCCAAUAUUUACUAUUUACUGAAGGAUUAAGCCUGAUGUAUAGCCCUUUGAAAGGCAGAGAACAGUCACAGAGACUUAGGGAUGGAGGUGGGGGGGGGAGGAAGGUAUGUUUGCAAAUAUAUAUUAAUACACUGACAAGUAUAUUUCAUUGCAGGUGAAUAAGCUUUAUUAUUAAACACUCCUUUGUACAUUCUUAAAAUAAAUAUUAUUUAAAUUAUUUAUCUUACGGUAACUCAUAAUUUAUAAUGCACAUAGAAAUUAUUUAGUAUAGUAAUUAUAUGCUUAAAUCGCACUAUUGUACCCCAAUUUGCAUGAUGUUGGUCAUUGCAUGGCUAUGUUUCUUCAUAACUUUCAUCACUGAACUGCAUCUAUCACAUGUAAUAAUACAAUAAACUCUCCUGGCAUUUCUGUAAAACUACACAUUACCUUAUGUAAAGAUUUGUGUUGCUGAAAUUAAAGAAUAUUUGUAUUUCGCAAUACAAUCAUGUUAUUAGAAGCAAGUUUGUGAUGUAUAAAUAGUUAUUACAUUUUAAGUAAUCAUGGCCUUCCAAAAAGGUGCAAAAGUUAUAUUUUAUGACUAGAAAUAAAGAUGUUAAUUAAUGUUGUUGAAUCUGAAUGUGCAUCAAAUCAUGUUAAUGAUCAUUCCAGAAUGAAUGAUCUACAAGCUGUGCUUUAUAUUUGUGAUGUAUGCAUCAUACCCCAAAGGUGUCCUGGUACUGUAAAAAGUCAUUAGGUAAGAUAUGACUUGUGCGAUUCAUAAUUUUUAAUUUUGAUGAAAUGGCAGAUGAAUUUUCCUUUUUUUUUCUCACUUCCAAGUAGGGAGACAAUUGGCUCUCAUGAUAAUAGGUAUUAAUAAGGAUAUUAAUUUUGAAGCAAUAAUGUAUUUUUCUCGAUAAAAUAAAUUUAUGGCAGAUAAUAAAAUAUUGUCUCGUGUCUCCGUGACUGGGCUAGAAAGCUCAGAUAAUGUUAGCCUGGCCACCAUAACAAUGCUGACAGAAAAUUUGUAAGUUACCUUGAUAAGGAAACCUAAAUCUUAGGCUGUGCCUCAAACAUGUUUUUAUUUCUUCAGACAUAUUAUUACUAGGUUUGUCCUUGAAACUCAAAAGUCCUACUAGUUUUUGCAUUUUAAAUACACACAAAACUCCUCUAUUUGAUGUUAGUAUGUACUGUAUAUGAAAGGGCCUUUAGACUCCUCAGACUGAGGACUUUUGUCUAUAAUGUAAGGAUAUGCUGAAUAUUGUACAAUGAAGAAACAAACUGUGAUAAGUAUCAAAGUGGACAUAUUUUUGUUCUUUGUGCAAAUUCUGUUUUAAAAUGUCCAUGGUAUAUGCAGAUUAGCUGCCAAUUUCCUUGAACUAUAAACUUAGGAUUGACAGUAAAAUAUAUUCAAAGAUAUAAUAUGUAUAUAGUGUAAAUAUACAUUUGUGAAUUGAAAACCUGAUUUACAGUAAGAAAUAGUGUGAUGGAUAUGUUGGUAAUUUUGCGUGAGAUUGGAUGACAAGGUUUUUAAAGGAAUUUGGCCAUAAUCUUGCAGUAAUGUUAGUAUUCAUUGCAUAGUCAUAUUGUUAAAAGACAUUGUUACGUAGUGUAAUAUGGAUCAUUUUUAGUUUUACACUUUUAUAAAAGACAAAUGUUUAUUAUGAUUGCUUUUGCUGCAUUAGUUGAGAAAUAUCUUGCAAAUUCAUUAUAUUUAGACUGAGGUUUGUGUCAUGCAAUAUAUAUAUACACAUAAAGAUUGACAUAAAGAAACAAAUAGGUGAUACACACUGAGUGCAGUGCAUUACACUGAUUGUGGCACAACAGUUCUUGUACCAGUAUCAGGACCAGCUUAAGGACAGUCUACUCGGAAGACAGUGUUAAGUAUUUUGUCUACAAUUUGGAAAAAUGUCAUGUUAAUAUAUAGUUUAUAAUGAUUUUCUUUAAACUUAUAUGGAGUGUUAUAUAAGUGCUGCUGUAUUUUAGAUUCAUAUUUUUUAGCUGCUCAAUGGUAACAAACCCAUAAAAUGUAAAAGGAGAAAUAAAUGAUGAUCUGCC